AUGGCGACUGCCAAGAAAAGUGCUUUCUUUGCCGCACUAUUGUAUGUUUGCUUCCUUGUGAACCAUGCAUGUGACCAUGAUGGUGUGAGAUUUGCUUACAGUGGGAGUACUGGUCCAAACUAUUGGGGGAGCUUAAGCCCUAAUUUCACACUUUGCUCAAAAGGAAUCAACCAAUCUCCAAUUGACAUUGUGAAGGAUGAAGCAGUUUACAAUCUACAGUUGGAGCCCCUUGAAAGGGAUUAUACUGCUACAAAUGCAACUAUUGUUGAUAACGUCUUCAACAUCGCGCUCCGUUACAAUGACACUGCUGAGACCGUGAAGGUGGGUGGGAUAAAGUACAAGCUGAAGCAAUUGCAUUGGCAUUCGCCCUCGGAGCACACCAUCAAUGGCCAAAGGUUUGCAAUGGAGCUCCACAUGGUUCACGUGACCGACGACGGCAACAUUACUGUUGUGGCGAUCCUUUAUAGAUAUGGCAAGCCAGACCCUUUCCUUUUCCAGAUAAAGGAUCAGCUGGCUGAAUUAUACUCGGAGGGCUGCAAGGCUGAGAAAGGCGAUCCUCUCCCUGUUGGAGUGGUGGACAUGACAGAACUGAAGCAGGGCGCGGAUAGAUAUUACAGAUAUGUUGGAUCCCUCACUGCACCUCCAUGUACCGAGAAUGUGAUCUGGAACAUCCUCGCUGAGGUGAGAGAGAUGACCAAGGAACAGGCUGUUGAUCUGAUGGCCCCUUUGGAGGGGAGUUACAGGCGCAACUCCAGACCGCUACAGGCGUUGAAUGGUCGCAUGGUUCAGCUCUAUGACAGGUCACUGAAAAUCCGGAAAAUGCUGUAG